GGUCCCUUAUUCUCGGUCCCUGCGGCGUGCGGGACGGAGGUUGGGGAAGAGAGGGGACGCGAUGCUGAAACCGGCGCCCGGCAUCGCAAUGCCUUCAGGCGACCUGCUCCCAAAGUAUCCCCGGGGCAGGAAGGGGCGGCGGCGGAGGAGCCCGCCCAAAGUGCGGCAGGUAGCGGCCGCUGGCGGGGGAGCCCCUACCAUGUCCGGGCACAUCCUGGAGGCGGUGGGGUCUUCCCGGGACCGCCGCGGCCUCUCGCUGGCCGGCGUCAAGAAGGCGCUGUCGGCCGCCGGUUACGACGUGCCGCGAAUCAAUUCGCGGGUGAACCAGGCGGUGCGGAGCCUGGUGUCCGCCGGCUCGCUGCUGCGGACGGCAGGCGCCGGGGCAUCGGGUUCCUUUAAAAUCAACCGGCAGCACCAUCAGGAGGGUCAGAACCGCCCGGUGGCAGCAGCGGCCGCCGCUAGCCCCAAGCCUCGGGGUCGGCAGCGGAGGGCCGCCCCCACCCGCGGCAGGAAGAGGAGCCCGGUCCGGAAGAAGAAACCGCCGCGAGGCGGCCGGAAGAAGGGCAGAACCGCCGGCGGACGGAGGAAAGCGGCCAAAGGAACCGGGGUCCGGAGACCCGGUGGCCGCAUUCGGGCGGCCCGGAAAGCGACCAAGGAGCCGUUGCCGGGAGCUGAGCCGCCGCCCGGGGGGCAGGGAGCUCAACCACAGACGGGAGGAGGAGAGAGCGGCUCCGAGGAAGCUGAGCCAGGGGCUGGGGAACGGGGGAAAUAA